AUGCCGACAGGAUUCGAUGUGGAGAAUGUCCUAGCAAACAUCAGCGAGCAGGACAAAAUCGCUCUUUUAUCCGAAGCAGGAAUUGAUUUUUGGCACACACAUCCCAUCCCCGAAUUCAAUGUCCCCUCGAUUCGCGCCACCGACGGUCCCAAUGGUAUCCGCGGCACCAAAUUCUUCGCCGGCAUACCAGCCGCAUGUCUGCCCUGCGGCACAGCUCUGGGCGCCACCUGGGAUCGAGAUCUGGUUUACCAAGCGGGGAGACUACUGGGUGACGAGUGCAUUGCGAAAGGAGCGCAUUGUUGGCUGGGUCCUACAAUCAAUAUGCCGCGAUCUCCUCUCGGUGGCCGCGGAUUUGAAUCGUUUGCUGAAGACCCACAUCUUUCGGGCAUUCUGGCCAAAUCAAUCAUCCUCGGAGCCGAAAGCAAAGGAAUCAUUUCCGCUGUGAAGCAUUUCGUGGGCAACGACCAGGAACACGAACGCCGGGCGGUGGAUGUCCUCGCCACACAGCGAGCUUUGCGUGAGAUCUACCUACGACCUUUCCAGAUUGUCGCGAGAGAUGCGAAGCCGAGCGCGCUCAUGACUUCUUAUAAUAAGAUCAAUGGAAAGCACGUGGCCGAAGAUCCUCGCAUGCUCAAUUUGAUCCGCGAAGAAUGGAAGUGGGAUCCGCUGGUUAUGAGCGACUGGUACGGGACCUACACAACCAUCGAUUCUAUGAAUGCGGGCCUUGAUCUCGAAAUGCCGGGGCCUUCUAGAUAUCGGGGGAAGUAUAUCGAAUCCGCCGUACAGGCUCGACUGAUCAAACAAUCGACUAUAGAUGCACGAGCUCGAAAGGUGUUGGAAUUCGUGAAGCAAGCAAGUCAAGUCCAAGUGUCAGGUGUGGAACGAGGUCGGGAUUUCCCAGAGGAUAGAGCGUUGAAUCGAAAAAUUUGCGCAAACAGCAUCGUCCUCCUCAAGAACGAAGGCAUCUUGCCCCUUCCGAAGGAGAUCAAAAAGAUUGCCCUUAUUGGAUCUCACAUGAAAACUCCCGCAAUAUCGGGUGGUGGCAGUGCGUCCCUUGAACCGUAUUACUCUGUUUCGUUAUACGACGCCUGUAGGGAAGCAUAUCCUGACGCGGACGUGGUUUAUGAAAUAGGCGCAUACGCCCACAAGAUGCUCCCUGUAAUAGACCGUCUCCUGACAAAUGCUGUCAUACAUUUCUACAACGAGCCGAUGGACAAGGAACGGAAUUUGAUUAGCACUGAGCCUAUGUCGACAACAGCCUUCCAGUUCAUGGACUAUUAUGCACCCGGCCUCAACCGAGAGCUAUUCUGGGCCACACUGAUUGGCAACUUCACACCAGACGCAUCCGGGAUUUGGGACUUUGGCCUGAGUGUUUUUGGUACGGCCAAUCUCUAUAUCGACGACGAGCUUGUGAUCGAUAAUACAACGAACCAGACACGCGGAACGGCAUUCUUCGGCAAAGGCACCAUCGAGGAGCUGGGAUCGAAGAAAUUAGUUGCUGGGACCACAUAUAAAAUCCGGAUUGAGUUCGGUUCUGCCAACACUACCACAAUGAAAUCGGUGGGAAUGGUGAAUUUCGGUGGUGGCGCUGCAAAUUUGGGGGCCUGCCUGCGGCUGGACCAGGAUCAAAUGAUCAAGAAUGCCGUGGAAGCUGCCGCACAGGCGGACUACACCAUUAUUUGCACUGGACUCAACAAAGACUGGGAAUCUGAAGGGUUCGACCGCACGCAUAUGGAUCUGCCACCGGGAGUUGACCGGCUGAUCUCGAAGGUGUUGAAAGUCGCCGCAGACAAGACCGUCAUCGUCAAUCAGUCUGGUACACCAGUUACUAUGCGGUGGGCCGAUCAGGCCCGGUGCAUUGUACAGGCCUGGUAUGGAGGUAACGAGACAGGCCAUGGAAUUGCCAAUGUUCUCUUCGGAGAGGUCAAUCCAUGCGCAAAGUUGCCCUUAUCAUGGCCGGUGGAUGUGAAACACAAUCCGGCCUACUUGAACUAUGCCAGUGUGGGUGGCCGAGUGCUGUAUGGCGAGGACAUCUAUGGGGGCUAUCGAUUUUACGAGAAGACUGGACGAGAAGUCCUCUUUCCAUUCGGUCACGGCCUAUCAUACACAACUUUCGAGGUCUCAUCGAGCGUUACCGUUGCCCCGGAGAUCUUCAACAUGGACCGUCCUCCGGUCACCACCGUACAGAUCAAAAACACAGGCAAAGUGGCGGGCGCCCAGAUUCUUCAGCUGUACAUAUCUGCCCCCGAAUCGCAAACCCCGCGCCCAAGCAAGGAAUUGCACGGUUUUGAAAAGGUAUUCCUCCAGCCCGGGGAAGAAAAAGCGGUUGACAUCCAGGUCGACCGAUAUGCGACAAGCUUCUGGGAUGAGAUCGAGGAGAUGUGGAAGAGCGAGAAAGGGACAUAUGAAGUGUUAAUAGGAACCUCUAGCCUGGAAGUGGUGGCCUGGGGAGAAUUCCAAGUAAAUCGCACCACCUAUUGGCGGGGACUCUAA